AUGGCAGAGUACUUCAAUAACAAAUCUGAUAUCUCAGGCAACAUUCCCCUUGGAAGUUUCAAUUCAAUGUUCAAUUUCACUGGUUCUUGGCAAGUUGAUGCGGCAACUACCAAAUCCCUUGCCAUGGUUGGAUACAUAAUUCCUCUUUUUACAGUUAAACUAGAAAAGCCAAAUUUAAUUUUGCGUGAGGAAGUUAAACGAGCUAUUCCUUAUUCUUGGGAUCCUGCAUCAUUGGCAAGUUUUAUUGAGAAUUUCGGAACACAUAUUGUUACAUCUGCGACAAUUGGUGGAAGAGAUGUAGUUUACAUAAGGCAGCACCAGUCAUCUCCUUUGACAGGAUUGGAUAUAGAGAAUUAUGUAAAAGACAUGGGUGAUCAUAGAUUUCAGGACUCAAAUAGCCAGUCAACCGCUGGCCCCUUAAAAUACAAAGACAAGGUUAGUAUUUGUAACGAUUUCCUUAAUUAAAAAACAAUAAUUCUUCUGACAAUUUUGUACACUGUCAUCUGCUCUGUUCUUCAGUAUAUAUAUU